AUGAACGAAGAUCAUUCAACCCAUAGGAUUCCUGGAAUCGCAUAUAACUGUGGAGAUUGCGGUUCUGAAGUUGUUUUACGCCCUGGCGACAUUGUAAUAUGCAGAGAAUGCGGGUAUCGUAUCCUUUUCAAAAAGAGAACGAAGCAAGGUAGGUGGACUUCCGUGUGUAACCAAUAG